AUGUUAGUAGGAGAGAAAAUGUUAGUAGGAGAAAAGAAUGUUAGUAGGAGAGAAAGUGUUAGUAGGAGAGAAAAAUGUUAUAAGGAGAAAAAGUUGUUAGUAAAAAGUGUUAGUAGAAGAGAAAAUAAUGAUAGUAGAAGAGAAAAUGUUAAUAGGAGAGAAGUGAGAGAAAAUAAUGUUAGUAGGAGAGAAAGUAUUAGUAAAAGAGAAAGUGUUAGUAGGAGAGAAAGUAUUAGUAAGAGAAAAAAUGUUAGUAUGAGAGAAAAUGUUAGUAGAAAAGAAAAUAUUAAUAAGAAAAAAAGUGUUAAUAGGAGAAAAAGUAUUAGUAAGAGAGUAGGAGAAAAAAUGUUAGUAGGAGAAAAAGUAUUAAUAGAAGAAAAAAUAUUAGUAAGAGAGAAAGUAUUAGUAGAAGAGUAG